AUGGGUUCUAAGAUGAGUGGGCAAAGCAUUUUGGUGGGAAUACUAUGCAUUGCUUUGGUGUUGGUUUCAGGAGAAGCAUCGAUAAGAAGGGAUGAAAUUGGUUUGGUUUACUGCUCAGAGCCAGGUGAAGGGCAGUGUCCAGAUAUCACUCUCUGCACCCAAUUUUGCCUCAGUCGCAACCUACACGGCGUUGAUAAUGAAUUAGAGUUAGGGAAAGAGAGUAGGAUGAAGAACCAAGCUAGUUCAUGCAUGGAAAGAGUUCUUAGAUGGUUUCUUGAUGCAAUUUUGAUGUGUUUCUUCAUUAAUCAGAGGUAUAUGGCUAGGAUAAGUCAAGACAAAGAGAUUCUAGUCACCUACAUGGCCCCUUCCUCCCUGGAGAUUGUUCCCUCUACUGGAAUGUCGUCAUCCCCCUUCUCUCAUCUUAUGCUCUCGUCGUCACCACUUGACCUUAAGUUAUCGCAAGACUCGUCGUUGUGGGAAUCAAAGAUGGUCACCUCUCCUUCAUGA